AUGUUUUCAGAUUUGAAUCAGGUUAGACGGUACAAAAGGACGUCAUUAAUGCUACUAUCUCAGCAUUUUAGCGAAACGACUGUAACGCCUGGUGUCGAUAUAAGUCUCCAGUGCGUCAUCAAUGGUCCUCAUCCUGCAAGAUUUGUUUGGGAAAGGGAUGGUGUUGUUAUCUCUUCCAAUACAGAUUCGAGAUUCUCGAUCGGUCAAACGAUGACCACAGACGGAGGUGUUACCACACAGCUGAACAUAUCCCAUGUGAGAGUUGAUGAUGGCGGUCGGUAUGGUUGUGUCGCCUACCUCGGUGAUGCCGUUAUAUCACACGAAGAUAGAGUCAAUGUAUAUGGUCCGCCCUACAUCCGCACACUACCGCCCUUCAAAGUUCAAAGCGGUCAAAGUGUCACUCUCAGAUGCCCGUACUAUGGAUAUCCAAUAAGGGAAAUAUCAUGGGAGUAUAAAGGCAAAGAAAUACAUCCAGAAUCAACACAAUCUCGCUACAAACGAUUCAUCAACGAUACAGCAAUUAGCAUAGAAAUAUUCGGUCGAAAACCUAAAUUAAGACCUAGGAGAGAUUUAGCGAUGGUGUCAAGUGAUGGUGUUUUAAGUGUAAAUAAAGUUAGUAAAGCAGAAAAUGGCGGAACAUUCGCUUGUAUAGUUCGAAGUCCAUCUGGAGAGAUGGCUAAAAGAUCAUUCGAACUGCAAGUAGUAGAGGCGCCUCAGUUAGAAGAGAUACUGUUGGCGUCUGAUCUUCAAGAGGGACAAAUAGUACAAAUACAUUGUAAUUUAAAGAGCGGUGAUUCGCCAGUUUAUUACUCGUGGCUGAAAGAUGGAAAAAAGAUUCCUUCUCACCUGAAGAUCGUCGAGAGGAGCUUGGAAGUAUUCAGCGUACUUAUCAUCAAGAAUGUAUCGUUGGAACACUGCGGUACUUACACUUGUGUUGCGGCGAACCAUGUCGCUAAAGUUAAUAGGACUGUCAAUUUGUAUAUUAAAGUUGCCCCGAAAUGGAGCGAAGAGCCUCAGAACUCAUCUUUACUUUUGGGAAGGAACGGUCACGUGUCUUGCAGCGCUAAUGGAUACCCGCAGCCUCAGACUCAUUGGUUGAAGAAAGAUGUGAUAUCGGAAACAUGGCGCCCUGUGCUAGAGGUAGCGGGUGGCGGGGUUUUGAGUUUGUCAAACGGAUCUCUAAUAUUUGACUCAGUGGCGUUGUCAGACGCCGGUCUCUAUACUUGUCACGUUGAAAAUGGUGUUGGAGAAGCUCUUAGCAAGACUAUCUGGAUAUCUGUUAACAAACCGGUAACCUUCGAUAUCGUAACCCGCAACCUAACGGCAAAAUUGGGUCAACACAUUAGUAUCGAAUGUGCGGCGCGAGGGGACGACCCCAUAAGAAUUAUGUGGACGAGGAAUGGAAAACCCAUCAAUCCCCUUACUCAGAGGGUGAAAAUUUCUGAAGCUAAGACAGAGGAUGGAAUGGCAUCCAUAUUGGAACUACUUCAAACGGAGACAAGUGACGGCGCCUUGUAUCAGUGCAAAGCGGGGAACCCUUACGGAGCGGAUGUUUACAGUGUUUACUUAACUAUAUUGGAGCCCCCCAUCCCCCCCUCGGACCUGUCGGUGGACUCAGUGAAGAGCCGCUCGGUGCGCCUGUCGUGGCGGGACGCGGCUCGCCUCGCGCACUACUACUCCGUGCAGCUGGCCAGCGGAGCGCGCGCGGCGUGGCGCACCGUCAAUGUUACUAGGCUGGACGAGAUCCGUCACUCAGUGGACAUAGAAGAUCUAUCACCCGCAACGUCGUACACGGCUCGAGUGGCGGGUGGAAACCGUGCAGACCUUAGUGCAUACUGUGCACCUGUGAGAUUCACCACCAGCGAGGAAGCCCCCUCGUCCCCUCCGCUAGGGGUUCAGCUGGAACAAACCGACAGUCCCGGAGAGCUCCGCGCACGCUGGCUGCCGCCGCCCGCCGACACUCACAACGGACUCGUACUGGGCUACCGGCUGAGGGCCGUGCCUCAGAUCCCCGGGGUCAAUGAAAAUCAAGAAAGCAAUGACAAAAUAAUCAAGACGUCGUCACUUUAUUCCAAACAAGAAACAAUCAUUAGUGGACUUCUAAAAGGAGUCAGGUAUUCGGUAUCAAUAGCGGCCUUCAACAGCGCGGGCAACGGUCCCUUCUCGACACCGCUCUUCCAGGACACGAGGGAGGGAGCCCCAGAAGAAGGUCCGACGUCAGUGGAAUGCGGUGGAGUAACGUCUACAGCUUUACGUAUCAGUUGGCAACCGAUACCGCCUUACAAACAAGCCGGCGCGUUGAUUGGCUACUCUGUGCUGUACGCUGCUCAAGGUCGUCACUGGCAAAACGCGACGUCUCUUGUAACCGAAAUCCGGCUCCAAGGACUAACAAAAUACACUAACUACACAGUCAAAGUGGCUGGCUUCUCAAACUAUGGUAUCGGACCAUAUUCCUUUCCCAUUGUUUGUUCAACGCUCCAAGACGUACCGGAUGCACCAGCUGAGAUAAAAUUACUGACGCAGUCGGCCACGUCUCUUCUUGUUAGCUGGAAGAGACCGAAGCAACCGAAUGGAAGGUUACUGCACUACACUGUCUACUGUAAACCAACUGCGAGUAACGAUGGCCCUCAAAUACACCGCGUAGAUGUGGAAGCAGAUAUUGAACCGUACGAACAAACGCAGAGUUUAGAGUUGAAAGGGCUUUACGAAGGGCGCCAGUACGACGUGUGGGUGACCGCAAGUACCGCUGUGGGCGAAGGGCCGGAAAGUCGGCGAGUUACUAACACUCCGUCGCAAAAAGUGGUGGCGGGCGUGUGGUCGCUGGGCGGCGCGGUGACGGCGGCGGUGCGGCGCGCGCUGCUGCUGGCGUGCCGCAGCGUGGGCGCGCCGCCGCCGCGCACCGUGUGGUACCACAACCACAACAUCAUCACGCACCACCCGCGCUUCACGAGGAACCACGACGACAGCCUGCUCAUCAACAGUAUAGAUCAGUCGCUAAGCGGCAACUACACCUGUUUAGCGAAGAACUUGUACGGCUCCGACUCGGUCGUGUAUACCGUCAAAGUACUACCGCUACCCGAUCCGCCGAUUUUGAGGGCGACGCCUUACAAAGAUUCCAUUGUUGUGAAAUGGGAUGAAAUCAAGACGUCGAACGACUCCACGGGCUACGGAAUAAGCUAUAAUCUGACAUGGCGUGAAGAGGACGGAUUAUGGCAGGAAGCCUGGCCAAGCACAAGAGAGACCAGGAUACCGGGGGUCCAGCAACACACGAUAUCAGGCCUUAAAUGUGGCACCAAAUACUCAAUACGCGUGACGGCUACCGAUAAUGUCGGGACGUCGGCUCCGGCGCACAUCGAUGUCAUGACCUUGGGCGGAGCUCCGGUAGCGCCCCCAACAACCGACUGGUUAUGGAGCAACGCGACACACAUAUACAUACAACUAAGUGGAUGGGACGAUGGAGGGUGUGACGUCACGAAAUGGGAAGUCGAGUAUCGCUUACUUGGCAGUAGCUUCUGGCAUCGCGCUGAUAACUUAGCGGCCGGCGAGCGGCAGCUGGGCUGGCUGGGCGCGGGCGCGUGGGCGGUGGGCGCGCUGGCGCCGGCGCGCUGGUACCAGCUGCGCGUGCUGGCGCGCAACGACGCGGGCGCCGCCGCCGCGCUCUACACGUACGCCACCAAGACGCUCGCCGGCGAGGAAAUAGGUCCUCCGUCGGAUUUCUUCGACUUGAACAUGCUGGUGAUAACCUGCAGCUCCGUACUGCUCGUGAUAUGUCUGCUGGCCUUCACUUGUAUCUUAUUAAGGAGACAAAGGCAGAACUACUCAUCACAAUACCGUCAUUCUAUCGCCGACGAGGUGAAGUCUCGGAACGAAAGUGUCGCCUCUCAGUCCGAACAUAAGGAAAGAUACGCUCAUACGCCCCGGAUAUACACUUCUCCUGUUCAUCCCAGGAAGGGUAAAAAUGAAAUGUUCGAGAUAAGUCCAUACGCAGAAUUCGCGUUAGGCUUCAGGACAUUCGACCAUGUUGAGAAUCAAGACCUACCCAGCAGACUGCCGAGUAGACCGAGGUUCGAUACGGAGACCAGUUUUCAAACUCGUUCCGAGUCUGAUGACAGUGACAGCACGUCAAAAGCAACGGUCUCAGGGAUGCCUAGACGACACUGCCGAACACCGCACAACAGGUAAAAAUUAGGAUUUUUAUUUUAAUAUAAUAUUAGUAUUUAAAUAA